AGACAACGCAUCUUUCAUUACGAUCAUGUACUGGUUGGUGCCCUUUAGAUGUCCUACAGAAGGGGAACAUGUUAUCUAUUUGUACCAUGCGCAUAGUAUCAGAUGGUUUAGAGAUCGGAUAUAUACUGUCUUUUUUACGAUGAUUUAGAUCCACGUGACCAAUGUAGUCAUAGUGCAUGUAUACAAUUUUCCAUUUAGCCCAAGGGACCGCGAGUCUGUUUCAGUUACUUUUAUCUUUAACAUCAGCGCGACUUGGUCCGCGUGGAAUAUAGUUCACAAAUAAUGCUUUAUUUUAGAACAAAUUUCUUUAGCAUAAAAAACGUUAUAGUGAGCCAACCUUAACAUAUAGACAUAUGCUGUCGCGGACAUUUUUUUUUAGAUCUUUUAAAGGGAAACAAUUCUGUCACAUUAUUUUAGCGAAAUUUUAACAGUUUCUACAGCGCACGCACCGGAAGCUCUCAAAAGGGAAAAUAACCCGAUUUUGAAACAUUCUUUAUUGGUGCUCCGCUUGUAUUGGUCUUAGCGCGAUGCAGUGAUGGUCUUAGCGGUCUUAGCGUUAUAUAGCCUAUAUCUUCCUCAACAAAUGGGUUAUUUAACACUGAAUGAAUUUUUCAAAUCGGACCAGCAGUUCUCGAGACUAGCGCGUUCAAACAAACAAACUCUUCAGCUUUAUAAUGUUAGUAUAGAUUUCUUUAUAAUCGAACUAAGCUUUUCGUCCUGACAUUGCACAGUACAGAAUCAAUCGGUAACUUUAAGACGAUUCACGUUCAUCAUGUCAACAGGAUGCCUAUUAAGCGCAUCUAUAAAUGUUCCAUACGUUCACCAGGUCUAUACUCAACACUUAAUGUCAUAAUCUUCUUUCAAAACUCACCAUCGCGCAAUGCGUGGUAUAAUGUCGCGUUUGGUAAGCGUAGCACAAACCACAGUACAAUCAGUUUCUACUAUAUCAUGUUUACCUACUUCAUAAACACAGAACCUACGAAGCGAUUGUACGACCGCCAGGUUUUGAGCUCUUAGCUAUGAUACACACUCUCUUCCUUCCUAGUAACCCGGCUAAAGUACAUAACAGGCCGCAGUGAGUUGUCAGUUUGUUUUAGUAAUAGUAUACCAGAAACUCCUAAGCUACAUGCAUCGGUUCAUAUUUUUGUAAGAAGCAUAGGAUUAUACAGAGCUAGCAUAGGUUUGGAACAUAAAACUGUUUUUCAGUUGUUCGAAAUUCGCGUUAUGUUCAUGGCCCCACACCCAUGAUUUAUCUUUUUUUUUUUUCUUAACUCAGUUAAUGGACGCGCAAUCACGGCAAAACUGGGAAUAAACUUUCUAAAGUAACAUAACCAAUAAACUAUCGCACACUGAGCAUUAUUUGGCACAGGAAACUGCGAAACGGCCGUCAAUUUUUGUUGCACCCGGCUGUAUACCGUCUGAAGAUAUUUCAUGACCUAAAUAAGUGACUUGUUUCUCCAAGAAUGAGCAUUUACUCAUAUUUAAUUUUAAGUCUCCACCAUAAAAUUUCCCAAGUACUUUCUCAAUAAUUAUUGAACCUGAUUUUAUACCAACUGAGGGUAGAGGUAAAUCGUUUAAAAUUGCUAGUAUCUCGAUUUGACCUACAUUUAUUUUUACCCAUUUCUUUUCUACCCUCAGGCUCAAUUAUUUUAUUUAUUAAACUCAUUUAACUACCCCACCUAGUGGAAUAAGGUGGAGAAAAGAAGAAACGCAUGAAUACAGAUGGCGCAUUUGCUAAAACAAAAGGAAUUCUAGUGUACUCGAAAUAAUGACCUUGCGGCGUAAUGAAAACAGUUGUGUCUGGCACAAUGCUUAAUUUAUGGUAGCCCUGGGCUAAAUCUAAACUCGUGAAGUACUGUUCGGUGGAUACUUUUAUAUUUUACCAUAGCGUUUAACGCACGAUAGUCAACGCAUAGCCCACUGAGUUUCUCGCCGGAUCUUCUCAGUGGGUCGCGUUUCCGAUCCGGUGGUAGAUUCUGCGAAGCACGGCUCUUGCUAGGGUUCGUGUUAGCAACAUCAUCAGGUUUGAGCGCCGUGAGCUCACCUACAAAAGUUAGGGUUACGCUGACAUAGCCUCUCAAGGCUCUCAGCUUAGGUAGGAAAAAAAAAAAAAAAAAAAAAAUCAACGCAUAGCCUACUGUCGCCGUUCUGUUUCUUAAUAAGACCACUGGUGAAGCAUGACUAGCUUCAGAUUAUUUUUUAAUGCCAGCAUCUAAAAGUUAAUUAGCUUUAGAUUUAACUAUCGUUUGUUCGUUAUGAGAAAGUAAAGGUGGCGAUACACGGGCUGAUCACUAGUAAGCUUAAUUUGCAUUUGGACUAAAUUGGCAAUGCCUAAAUCAUGUGUAUUCGCAGCAAAGCAAUGCUUAUACUGUAUUUUUUAAAUCUGAAUGACCCUUAUUAUUUAAUGGCUCCUUUUAAAUUUUUUUUAUUUCUACCCUCAAAUCUCGAAAUAUUUGUAAUGGCAUGGUUAGGGCAAGUAGAAAUGCAACACACCUGGCUGUUUGGCUGUGGCUUCUCGCAGCUGUUGGCCCUCGGCAGGAUCUCGCCCGGCGGCCACAUGAUGGUCUCCGAGCCCACGUCGAUGUAGCUGUCUUCGCCGCGCAGCAGCGUCGCAGGCAGGGAGAAGGAAGCUCGUAGCCGUGAAUCUCAUGAAGCGCCGUGAAGCUCGUAGUGCCGCAGUGGAGUAACCACGUUGCUACUCUUCGAGUUUCCCUCCACGUAAACCAGAAUGAUGGAAGGACAGGGCGUCAGGCGCUCUUGGUCCGACGACGUCGAAGUCCCUUUGAUUUGAUUGUUCCAGGUUCUUCAUCCUGUAGCUCAAAUAUCGCCUUGUGGACCUCCUUCUGAAGCAAUUUUUCAACACCUUCCUCGCCAGUGGAAUAGGAGCUUUAUCUUCUUAAAACUUGUCAGACCGAGAGAUCUGAGCGUGUAUAUGACGUUGUUUCAUUUCUUUAUGCCACUUCUGAUUGUUGCAAAUGAUGUGACAAUAAAAACCAGCAGCGUAACGACAAGUUCUUUUAUUUGUGCGAGAAUACAAAAAAGCAGGUAGAAAUGGCUGGCACGCCUUGUUUUAUUAACACUAUCCCCCCUUCGUUGGCUUUGGCUGGCGGCGGCGGCGGUGGCGGUGGCGGAAGGGGGCGUGUUAACAUGGCUUGGCGGCUUGGCUGGCGGCAGGGCAUGACAGCUGACGUCCCGUCCGUUACAAUAGAUAUAAAAUUCCAUUCCAAAUUCUACCCUACAAACUAGAAUACAGGUCUGCUUCGCAUUGUUGUAGAACGUAACGAAAAUCGAUUUACCUCUUUCAAUGUCGUUCUAUACUGUGGUAGGUUACAAAUUGAUGUCAGCUCCCGGUCCUAAACACGUAAUUUUUGUCUAAAAAUAGACUAAACAAUUCUGGCGCGCAGUUUGGCUUGCAAUUCUUCAAGUAAUUUUUUUUAUGCUUAAUUAAAAACUGAAUAGAUUGAUGCGUUGCGUCAGGAUCUCUACACGUCCUUACGGAUCCAUCAGAUUUAAUAACUGUUAGAUUAUACGCCUUCAGCUAACAAUAGGAGCAGGCUUAUGGACCUAACCUACUCGUAACCCUACUCGUCGAACCCGGCAGUGAGCUCGAUGUGCAACCUAACCCAUGCAUCAGCCCGCUGAGUUUCUCGCCGGAUCUUCUCACCGGGUCGCGAUUCCGAUUCCGUAGAAGAUUCAUUCGCGAAGUAACUACUCUUAAGUUGUUAGGUCUCCUUUGGAGGCGUUUGUGUCGCUGUUGGCAGAUCCCACUCCUCCUGUCUGAGCCCGUGGUCGCCCAACUGUACCUACUAGUGAAACUGGCCUUCGAGACACUAUGUUGCACCGACCGCAGGUGACCGGGAAAAAGACAGGAGAAUGAGAAUGUUGAUUAAUUGAUUUGAUUGAAUCGACGUUUCUUGCAGCUACGAAAUAUCAUAUUUUGUCAAUUAAUAAAUGUACACUGAUAAAUCAAUAUUCAAAAAAUUUUUUUUGCAUCGACGUCAUCUAUGCAAAAAAUAUGGCGCCUUUGUCCCAUCUGACCUUAUCUCUUAUAUAAGCAUCACAGCGCUUUUGUGUUUUUUAUUAUUAUUUUUUAUUUGUACAAUUGUUGAAAAUAUUUUCACAAAGGUAUGCAAUGAGAAACAGACUGACUUUAUAUGUUUCAUAUUGUCAUAUCCAUAUGACUAUAAGCAACGGCAAUACUAGUACUAUCUCAGUGCCGUUGAAUCUCUACAGCGGACAGUCGCUAAGUGUCCGACGCGUGUGAGCCAUGAAGAUUUUCAUAUUAUUCUUAAUUGUAACUUCAGUGGAAAGUUACAAAAUUCUCUGUCUGUUUCCUUACCCUGGAAAAAGUCAUUACAUGGUAUUCGAACCAAUUCUGGACGAGCUUAUCAACCGUGGACAUCACCUGACAGUUGUUUCCUUCUUUCCGGCUACGAUUCCACUACCGAACCGUCGUGACGUUAGCUUGCAGCAUUUAGCUCCGCCUAACGUCGAAGUGCUUGAUCUAAAAGAGAUUUAUUUAAAAACCCAAAAGUAUUUCGGCUUAGAGAAUUACUUCGGACAUAUGUCUAUAGUUACUUCUUUAGCUAAAUCGAACCUUCUUAUUUGCGAGAGAAUAAUCAAUUCGGAUGUAUUCGAGGAGUUUCUGGCGGGAAAAGGCGAAUACGAUCUAAUUUUGAUAGAACAUUUUAACAGUGACUGCUUGCUAAGUUUGGUUCAUAUCUAUAAUGUCCCUUCUAUAGGUUUGAUCUCGAGUAGUAUGAUGCCAUGGACCAUGGCAAGGGCUGGAGCGCCAGACAAUCCCGCCUAUAUACCUGGCAUGACUUCCGUUCACAGAAAAAUGACGUUCUUCGAAAGAUUGAUAAAUACGUUUACCUUACAUUUUUAUAAUACGUGGUUUGAGUAUGCGAUUUGGCGCGAAGAACAGAAAAUUAUUGAAAAGAAAUUGAAAAGGAAACUACCUAGGCUGAGUGAUUUGGGUAAAAAUUCCAGUGCUGUAUUGGUAAACACUCAUUUUUCUAUAAAUGGUAUUAGGGAACUUACGCCUUCUUUAAUAGAAAUUGGCGGUAUCCACCUACAUAACAGGACUAUCAGAGAACUCAACGAGCCCCUGCGUACUUUAGUUGAGAAUGCAGAAGAAGGCUUCAUAAUAUUCAGUUUCGGCUCAUUAGUGAAGGGAUCUUCGUUACCGCGAAAGCAAAUGAAAGCCAUAAUCAACGCUUUUGCUCGUUUACCACAAACAAUAUUUUGGAAAUGGGAGGACGAUAUCUCAGACGCGAUAAAAAUACCAAAGAACGUUAAAUUUGAAAAAUGGUUGCCGCAAUACGAUUUGUUGAACCAGCAAAAUUGCUUGGCAUUUAUCACACACGGCGGUCUACUUAGCUUGACGGAGGCAGUCGCGUCAAGCGUGCCGACUCUCAUUAUUCCUAUACUCGGAGAUCAGUUCGGGAACGCGGCCCAUGCUCAGAAAGCUGGCGUCGCCGAGGUUCUAAGUCUUACGGAAAUUGAAGAAGACGUGUUCUAUAAUAAACUCUUAUCAGUUUUGUCUAAGGAGAAACGUCAGAAAGCUAAAUUACUAACAAGUCUUUGGCGGGAUCGUCCUCAACCGGCAAUGGAAACGGCCCUAUUCAACAUAGAACUCGUAGCGCGACAUAAAGGACUGGAUAUGUCGUCUGGUUCGCGGUGGUUGUCGCCUAUCCAGUACUUGCUAUUAGAUAUUAUAGCUUUUAUAGUGUUCGUUUUAUUCAUAUCAACAUUUACUUUUGUUUUUAUUUUAAAAACUUUUAUUUCUGUGGUACAAAUAUAUUACCGUAACAAAGAAAAAUCAAGUUAAAAUUUAGUGUUAUUAAAUCGAAACCAUUGGAAAAUCGAUUCAAUAUUACUAUAAUAACUGAUUUCGUUACCAAAAUCCUAAUAUAUAUCGGAUUUUUUAUACUGACAAUUCAAACCGUCAUAAAAAAAAAACAAUUUGUUAAAAAGAAGCCUUUAAUAUUCCUUCAACAAUAGUAAAAUUGUAUAAUAAUAUAAAUCGUUUACAAUUAGUUUUCAUAAUAAUUAUAAAUUGAGCAAUUACUUAAUGAAGUUACCAUUUAAUUAUUACACGUUUCUGUUUUCCCUUAUUUAAAUAACAAUUAUUUAUAAAUAUUAUUUAACUACGCCAUCUUGUUACUACAGAAUGCUGCCAGUCUCCUUUUUAUAAUAAGUACCUUUAUUUAGGCAUCUUUAGUGAAUAAAUUUUCUUAUAUAAUGGUGUACAUGCUUAGGCACUUAUGUGUUCCGUAUUUUAGGCGAUUAUAUCUUAUGAUUAUAAAUUCAGACCUAUAUUUCCGUAAUUUAUUGUUACCCACCUGUUUUGGGAAUUCGUUAAUAGCCAUGAGCACUGCUAAGCUAAUGCUCAUAGCUGGAGAGCUUAAGAGGAAUCAGCAAAGAGUUCCAGUACAAAACUACUACUAAAAUUAUUUAAAAAAAGUGGAAUGUAAGUAUGAAAACAAAUGGCAAUACGCAAUUUUAUGGGCAACAUUGAAUUAUAAGUAAAAUGCCAAUUUUGUUCCAUUGAAUUAGUCAAGAAUUAUCAAUUAUAAUAUUCUAAAUGUCCAUAUUUUAAAAUAAAAUUUUUGUACUUCAUAAUCAGAACACAGUUGUGUAAAUUAAAAAAAGAAAACAA